AUGCCCGCGGGUAAAAUCGCCUGCCUCACCCCCAAACUCCGGGGUAGAGAAGCCUCCAAGGAGGACAAAAACCUCAUAUUCAACGUACUCAAGAAUAUCGCCAUCAGCAACGCGUCAAACAAAGUGCUUCUCAAGUUCUAUGGGGCUAAGGCCGCCGAAAGAGUCAAUAUUUCUUCAGAAGCGGUGCUUGGCAACAGAUGGAGCAUAGUCCGGCAGAAAUUCGGACUCAACGACAAUCUUCCAAUCAACCCAAGUAAGGCCCAAAUGUCGUCAGUCGAACCCCAACUCCGUGGCGAGAAAACCACCGCCAGCGCGCUCAAUAUCAUACUCAGUAUCCUAGAAAACCUCAAGGAGAAAGUCACAGCCGACUGGGCCAAAGUCGCGGAGCGGGCUGGCUUGAAGAGUGAGGACGAGGCCCUACAGGCGUGGGGCAAUCUAUGUGCUGAGUAUCAGCUUUUUAACGAAGAGGAUACGGCUCGGGAGACCACCAACGAUCUAUAUCCUCGACCCCCUCGGGUUGUCGUUGCCAACAAAGUCUAG